AUGCUCAUGGAGGAAGAUAUUGUUGACAAGUUCUUCUACGAGUACCCUGACCACUCCAAGCUCCUGCAGGCCGAGCAGCCAUUUGCACAGAUCCUCUCUGGCGCUGCCACCAGCUCAUCCAAUGCCCAGGAAUCCUCGGCACCCAACGCGAUUGCCUCCACCAUGCUGCAUAGCAAAGGCAGCAACACAGACAUCAUGGUUUCCAGAUUCUUUUCUGGCGAGGUACAAGAUCCAACCUUCUUCGUGAACAACACUUGUGUGGUGGAGCCCAACAGUAUGGUGUUCCCCAGCGAGGGCAGCGCCAGCAUUGACAUGGUAUCGAGCAUUGCAUUCUUCAAAGGCAUAGAGGAGGCCAACAUGUUCUUGCCUAGAGACAAUGGGGUGGCGGAUGAUAGAGGGCGUAAGCACAGGUUUGACAUGAGUGGUGAGACGGAGGCGGACUUGGGCAGGAGAAGCAAGCAAAUUGUGGUGCUGGUGCAUACUGACGCCGAGGAGGAAGCCACCGCGCUCGAGAAGUUGGACCGGCUCAUCCUCAACGGCUACGACAUGUACCCCAAUGAGAUGCAGGAGGUAGUACGCGUCACUCUUGACAAGGAGAACAAGGCAGCACAGCUGAGCAUCUACAGGCGUGGGAGGCGCGGCGUGAGGCAGACGGCGGUGACUGACCUAGAAACGUUGUUGAUCCGUUGUGCAGAAGCAGUGGCCAGCAAUGACCAACGCAGCGGGCGUGACCUGCUGGAGCGGAUCAAGUGGCACUCCUCACCGACAGGGGACGCUAGGCAGCGGUUGGCCCAUUACUUCGCCCAGGCGUUGGAGGCACGGAUGGCAGGCACAGGGAGCCAGCUCUACCACGCGCUCAUGGGGAAGCGCACCUCUGUCGUGGAGCUCAUCAAGGGCUACCAUCUGUACAUGGCCGCCUGCUCUUUCCUGAAGGUGGUGUUGCUCUUUUCCAACAAGACCAUCUACAACGCCGUCGCAGGGAGGAGGAAACUGCACAUUGUGCACUACGGCAUCAACACCGGGUUCCAGUGGCCGGAGUUGCUCCGAAUGCUGGCGGACAGGGAGGGUGGGCCUCCAGAAGUGAGGAUCACUGGCAUUAAUUACCCUCAGCCUGGUUUCCAUCCGGCUGAGCAAAUUGAGGAGGCAGGACGCCGGCUCAGCAACUGCGCAAGCCAGUUUGGGGUGCCAUUCAAGUUCCACGCCAUCGCAUCCAAGCCUGAGGCUGUCCGGGUUGAGGACCUCCACAUUGAUCCUGAUGAGGUCCUUGUCGUGAACAGCGUAUUCUUUUUCAGGAUCGUGAUGGACGAGAGCCUCACAUUUGACAAGGUAAGCCCAAGGGACAUGGUGCUCAACACUAUCACGAAGAUGAAGCCGUCGGUUUUCAUCCAAUCCGUUGUCAACGGAUCAUACAGCGCGGCAUUCUUCAUGACGCGGUUCCGCGAGACGUUGUACUACUUCACAUCGUUCUUUGACGUGAUGGAGACCACCAUUCCUCGUGAUAAUGAGAAGAGGCUGCUGGUGGAGCGGGAUAUUUUUGGACGAACCGCUAUGAACAUGAUAGCCUGCGAAGGCACAGACCGGGUGGAGCGCCCUCAGAACUACAGGGAGUGGCAGGUGCGGAACCAGCGGGCAGGGCUGAGGCAGCUUCCGUUGGAUGCUGAUAUUGUUCUGAUGCUCAAGGACAUGGUGAAGAAAGAUUACCACAAACAUUUCACGAUCAACGAGGAUCAUCAGUGGCUUCUGCAGGGAUGGAAAGGUCGGGUCCUCUGCGCCAUCUCCACAUGGGCUGCUGAUGAUGCUAGUGGUUUUGAAGUGACAUAG